AUGGCGCGCGAAGAGGUCGACGAGGACCAGGACAACGACGACAGUAAUGGCAGCGAGAAGAGCAUUGCCAAGUCCAAUGUUGUCGUGCGCAAAACGCGCACUGUGAUUGCGCACAAGCUGCGCACCACAACGGUCGCUGAUCUCGAAAUUCAGGAGGAGCGCUCGAACGCACUUCGCGACGACAUCCUGGAUGAAGACGAUGCGGAUGCUGAUGCCACGCUGACUGUCAAAAUCUCCACACUACUGCUGAUAGCAGGUGCAACAGUCUCAGCCGAGGUCUUCUUCAACGUGCCCAUUGGGCUGGAUCGGAAUGCAGUCAAGGCGGCGUUUCUCGAGCAUGGAAUCAAGGGCUUCAACCCUGCAGCACAGCCCAACUCUAGGGCCAACAGCAGCCCCAGGCCUGUGCACGAGGAUUAUGACAAGGAGGACGAAAAGCCUGAAGGCCAGAAGCUCUCCAAUGAAGGUUUUUCUGCCAGAUCGCAGGGGUCUUCACAAGGCAAGCCUGUCGCUGUGCCUCUCACACCUACACACAGGUCAAAAGACAAUGUCCAGCCUGCAGCCAGGGAUGCUGUCAAGUCCAACCCUGCACCCCAAGCAUUGGUGAUUGCCAAUAAUGCACCUGUGCAUGGCCAUGAGAAUGGCUGUCCCAGACAGAAUGUCCCCAGAUGCCUCUGUUCUCCCACUGUUGGUGUGGCCAGUGUGGCAACUCCCAACUCAAUGGUUGCUGAUUCCAACAUACAGGCACCUGAUUCUGGUGCUGGUGCUGGUGUUGUUGGUGGCCCCGCCUCCACAAACAAUGCAACGAUUCUGAGGAUGAGCUCAUUGAGAGGUGUUGAGGAGUUCUCUAAUGCUGCUGAUGUGGCUCCUGCUGCCACAAACACUGUUGCUCCUCCUGCUGCACCCCCUGCUGCUCCAGUUGUUACUCCGCCAUUGCUCCAGCAACUAGUCCUAUUGGUGCUCCUGAAGCUCAUCUGUUGCUCCAGUUGGGGCUGUUUCCAGCAGUUUUGUAUCCCAAUUGCCCCCAUCAUGGCAGCACCCAUCAUUCUCACUGACCCGGCUGCUCCUGUUAUGGCCGGGCCCAUUAUCCACGUCGACCAAGUGGCCCCCAUUGCAACCACUCCCAUCCCACACCUUGCACCAGUUGUUCCAAUUGUGCCUGCGGUGGCCACUACCAUUAUGCAUGCUGCUCCAGUCAUCCCUAUCAUGGCUGGUGCUACUAAGGCUGCAGCAAUUACUGCUGUGCCCACUGCAUCUGGUGAUUCCAAGGCUGCUCAUGCAACUGGUGUUGCCACUAGUGUGCCCAAGGCUGCUCUCACCACAGUUGUUGCCAGCCCAUUGGCAAUCAGUGUCACUCUGCCUGCUACAAAGAUUGCAUCUAUCACUACUGCCAACACAGCCGUCGCUACUGCUGCUGCUGCUGUUCCUUUGGUGGUUAAUGUUGAAUCAGCGCCAAUGUGGUUGCUGAUGCGGGCUCGCUUAUGCAGAUUACGGCGUCGACUGCACACACUACAGCCACAGGAGCAGCAGCAGCAGCAGCAGCAGGAGCUGCGGCUGCUCCUGGCACUAUUAAUGCACUGUCAUGGCAUUGAUUCCUUCACACUCAGCAACUGUUGGUCCACAUCUGUGUCACAUGCUGCCACUGCCAUUGAUGCUCCUUUAAUUGGUUCUGCAAACUUGACCAGCAGCAGUAGCAGCAUCAUUCCCACCACUUUGGCCAUGGAUGAGCAGGGUGAGGCGGAGUUGGUUGAGCCCAAGUCUGAGAUCACAAAAUUGUCUGGCGGUGGUGUCAAGCUGAAGCCCCUUAUGUUUGCCAACCUCGCCAGUGCGACGGCCUUCAAACCUGAUGAUCUGGACAAGUUCACUUUCCCAACAGCCAGCCCCCUGGUAAACAUGAACGGGAUGACAGCCAAUAUAAAUGAGAAGCACCCAGUGUCUGUCUCAGGAGGCGCUCGUGUUGAUAGCGGCAGCAGCAACAUUGCUGGCAGCAUCAGCAACGCCAAUGCUCCUCAUUCUGGUUUCCAGGGAUCCAUGCCCGGUGGAAAGUCCAGCUGCUGUGAAGAGCAUCAGCUCAAAGGCACAGGCUGCACCGACAGAGGUGCAGAAGCCGGCUCGGCCAGGGAUCGUAGUGAUGUGCCAAAGUCAAAGUCUCUUUCGAUUGUGGAGGAUGACAAGGAUUCUUCGGCUGCAGGUGCUUUGGUGCAGCCCAGGAAAUUCUCGGAAUGA